AUGGCCCUAUCAGAUCAGAGUCUUUUUCACUACGGUCUCCUUACUUUCUACCUCCUAGGACCCUCCAACAUCAUAGCCCUAAGGUUCUUUCAAUUUCCAUAUGGAAAGUACAACCGUCUAGGAUUGGGCCCUACAGUCUCUCCACCUUUGGCUUGGUUUCUCAUGGAAAUCCCCAGCAUUUCACUCCCUUUCCUCCUCUUUCCCUUCGGCCAACACUUCACAAAUCCCAAAGCUUUCGUUCUCAUGUCCCCUUUCCUCCUCCACUACUUCCACCGCACUUUGAUCUACCCGCUUCGCCUUUACCAGAGUACCACUCAACAGAAAAGCAAAACCACUAUCGGUUUCCCACUGAUUAUGGCCAUGAAUGGAUCUAUGGUUCAACUAUUGAAUACCUACUUGCAGGCUAGGUGGGUUUCUCAUUAUAAAAGUGAUUACGAUAGCGAGGGAGGUUUGUUUUGGUGGAAGUUUUUUGGUGGGUUGGCGCUUUUUCUGUGGGGCAUGAGGAUUAAUUUGUGGGCUGACAAGGUUUUGUUGGGUUUGAAGAGGGAAAGUGGCGGAUAUAAGGUGCCAAGAGGAGGGUGGUUUGAGUUGGUAAGUUGUGCUAAUUACUUUGGAGAGAUUGCGGAGUGGCUUGGCUGGGCAGUGAUGACUUGGUCGUGGGCUGGGUUUGCUUUUUUCUGCUAUACCUGCUCUAACUUGGUGCCUAGGGCAUGUGCCAAUCACAAAUGGUAUCUGGAGAAGUUUGGAGAGGAUUUUCCCAAGAGCAGAAAAGCUGUGAUCCCUUUUUUCAUUUAA